AUGGCCGACAUCCCCACGACGAAGCGAGCUCUCGUGGCGCCCCGAUUCUGUGGCCCGCGUGACUUUGAGAUUGCCGAUAGACCUCUGCCGGCCAUGACCAGGCCAGGUCAUGUUCUCAUCCGCGUGCAUGCUUGCGCUCUCAUGGCGGGCGACUGUGUCCGAGCCCGCGGCACUCCAAUCAUUCGUCUCAAAGUUGACUUCCCCAUGGAGCUCGGCGGCGAAGGCGCAGGCAUUAUCGUCGCCAUCGGCUCCGGGGGUCAAGAGUUUCAAGAGGAGCGAAUGCUGCUUCUCAAGCCUACGAAUUUUGAGCUUGAGGAUGCUGCCUCUCUACCCGGGCGCUUUAGCGGCUUGGGCGGCAUCGCCAUUCAGAUGGCGAAGAAUGUCUUUGGCGCCGGCAAAAUCAUAUCCACUGUGUCAACAGGCAAGAUGCCGCUCGUGGAGAAGUUCUUACCUGGCCUCGUUGAUCAGCUCGUCGACUACCAGACAGAGGACGUCUCCAAAGUUGUGCCCCAGCACAGCGUUGAUUUCAUGUUCAAUCCGCAAAUGACGACCUUGAACGCUGGCAUCCCAUUGUUGCACCCUCAAACCGGCGUCCUGGUGUCUCUGGCUGGUAUCCCCACGUCCAAGCUGGCUAAAUUGAUGCUCGGUCCCAAGAUGGUACCAUUCUGGUUGGGCUGGAUCUUCGAUCUGGGCCAGUGCUGGUAUUCCUUCUUGUUGCGCGGCACGAAAAUCCAAUAUGAGUUCGUCUCUGGUGACCCCGGAGACAGGGAGGCCCUCGAGAAGACUGGCGAGAUGAUUGCAAUGGGCAAGAUCAGGGCCAUCAUACGCACUGUCAAUCUUUCGGAUGCUGAGGGUGUGCGGGCCGAAUGCGAGAAAGUGGCGGCUAUCAAGGGGGGCUUUGGAAGACUGGUCGUCCGAGUCGUCGAGUGA